AUGAACUCGAACUGCGCCGGACUUUCCAUCACUUGCUGCAUCACCUGCUGCAUCACCAGCUGCAAGGCUGAAGAUCAAGCCCUCCAGAGCCGGGGCCUUUCUGAGCUCCAAGCUCGACACCCAGAAGCCGACAUCAUGGCUUGCGUUCCCUGCGCCAAGUGCCUCGCCGACGGAGAAAUGUGCGACCAAUGCGAUGUCGGAGGCAAGUGCGACGCCAACGUCUACGCUGAAUUCGUCGCUGAGCUCCAGUAA